GCUAACGUGGACGUGGAUCUGAACGGCGUGCGGAUGAGUGCGGUGGCCUCCCGGAGAGACGUGAUCGAGGCGUCUGGCCGAGCGCUGGUGGACUGGUCGCAGGAGUUCAUCGCCCCUGUCCAGAUGUAUGCUGGGAUACAGGUGGCCAACAGCAUCAAGCUGAGAAUUCCCCCGCCAGAAGUCAGGGUUUGGCCACCGAGAGACAACACACAGUCUGGGUCCCCCUCAUCGUCUGACAACCACCACAACCACCACCAUCACAACAGCAACAACAAUAACAACAACAACAACAAUAACAACAACAAAGGCGGUUCCUCGGACUGCCGGGAGAAGACUCACCGCGAGGGUCGUAUCCGUGGUUACGGGACGCAGCAGACAUUCAGCAAAAUGAUGAAGACAUGGUGCGACAACACACAUAUCACUGUCGCUGUCUCCAAAGCCUUCAUCAAGGUGACUGGGCUGGACAAAAACAACAUCACGCUGAGGGACCCGACCUGCGGAAUGACCAACGAGACGUCUGACCACAUCAUCCUGAGAGCCGGCCAGGGCAACUGCGGCACGCGCAUCCACUUUGACCACGACCAGAUCUCUUUCUUCAACGAGCUGGUGAUCCACACGUCCCCGGACCUGGUGAGCAGCCUGCUACAGGAGGAGCUGGGCAGUGGCUACUCAGAGGAGGAGGCGGGCUCUGGUGCCAGGGACGCCGGCCUCUACAUGGACGACGAGGACGAGGAGGCGGGCUCCAAGGAGCUGCCCUUCCCCGUGGAGUGUAGCUCCCCGCUCAUGCCAAAGAAUCCUGCCGUCCAACCAGAGCCGAGCCGUGGGUUCCAGUCGGAGUGCGAGCUGAACCUGUACAAGGACUUCCUGUUCCUGCGACCCACAGUGCACUACCCAGCCACGCUGACUAAGGGCAGCACUGUUUUUGUGAAAGCCUCACUCUCAGGCCUGGACAGCACACCUCAGAUAGACACGUGCUGGCUGUCCCAGUCUCAGAAGGCAGAGAGCCACCUGCCGGCCUCCCACCAUUCACCUCACCACCCACACCACCAGCAGCAGCAGCAUAGGCAUGUCAUCAUACAGAAAGGAUGCCCGAAAAUCCCCGAAGUCAAACUCCUGGACAAAUCGUCUGACGUGCCGGAGGGUUCGAACCUGCUGUCCACCAAGUUCAGCCUGAGGAUGACGGAGGUGUUUGGCACGGCGCCGCUGUUCCUGCACUGUAUGCUGUGGUCAUGUGACCGUCGGGGAAGAGACGGCAGCAAGUGCCCGGUGGAGGGAGGGGAGAGGUGUCGCCGCGGCAACAGUUCGUCCAGCAGCUCUCACGACACUCAGUGCGGGCCGCUCACGCUGGGACCCAUCGAGCUCACUGACAAGGAGGUGCACAUGCAGCCUGAGACAGGCGGUCAAGGCAAGAGCUCGGUGUCCACGGCCAAAGAGCCGUCGUCGGGCCAGCAGCAGCGCGUGAUCAUCGAGGGGCUGGACUCUGUGACUGUGGUCUGCAUCGCCUUCGCCGCUUUUGCCAUCGGCAUCCUGCUGACUGGGGCGCUGUGGUUCAUCCACACGCAUACAGGUCCCAUCAAACGCGGUGUGGCCAGUCACGGAGAGGCCGAGGCCAGCGGUGACCUCACACCCAACUCCUCCUCCCCCUGGACAGCUUGAGGGGUCACACAGGGGUCAUCAACGCAGUUAUAGGUCAAGGUCAGGACUUGCAGACAGAAGAAACUGGACGUGCGGGCAGAAGACAUAAGAGAGCGAAGGAAGUGUGCGAAGAUUCCGGAAAACUCGGGAGCUCUGAAUAGGAGGAUGAUAAACCGCAAACUUCACAACAAGGGGAUCGUUUGAGCUUCCGUGCAGAUUUUGCGCUGGCUGAUUGCGUGUCACAAAGAUGGUGUUGGUGUGUUACGAAGAUGGUGAUGGCGUGCUGUCCAAGAUGGUGGCUGUUGCGUGUCGUGAAGAUUUAUUGCUCUGAUGGAGAGUCAUCUCUACUACAUGGUCGUUGUCGACAUAAGAUUGGUGAAAACUGCUCGGCGUAAUUCUCUCUCUCUCUCUCCCUUUGUGUUGGAAAAUGGUUUCGCUUUAUUGAGUCAACUAUAGCUUAUACUGCCUGCAGUGUCACAAAAGGCUGGGUUCAGAACUACAACUAUCUCUGAUACAAAAUUGCAGAUAUCCCUUGUGCAGAAUGUUAAAUAUCUCUCGAACACAACCUGCAAAUAUUUCUGUACUACCAGACUGCCCUUGAUGAAGGCAGCAGUUUAAAAACAUUUCUGUAUCUCAGUAACAUCACGCGGUUCAGGAGACAAAAACAACUGCUCAGAAACCAGUAUUGUAGGAAAUCUUAGAUCAUCUUAACAUUAACAUCUGUUUGUAUACAUCGAUAUUUGAGCAUAUAUCGAUAUAUAUAAUUAUAAUAGAUUAUCUGAAAGCUAGCCUGUUUUAAACCAUCUACUUAUGAGCAAGUUGAUAGUGAUUGUUGCAGCUGGUGGCUGUGUUAGAUUGAGGUAAUGGUCACUCUGUGGAAACGUCUGUGGUUGAGCCAAAAAACAACAACUGGGGAGCCGAUCAGAUUUACCCAGUGACCAGCGCGCAAAUCCUCUGUGUCCUGCCAGCUUCAGAGAGGAUGUUUGGUGUGAUGAUGAGGAUGAUGCUGCUUCAGACCCUUGUUGUUUAUGGGGUCUGUGGCUCGUACCUGACUACACAGGAGAGUCCAACAAAGAGCCUCGGGUGGCUAUGUCUGUCGCCCACUUCCAACUCUCGCCGUCAGUACUACAGAGAGCUGCUCCUUGCACGCUGAAUAUAAUAUUGUCCCAUGACCUUUGACCUCGUGGACAGACGCUUCGAGCAGGGGAUUACUUCCCCCCUCGGAGAUUGUCCUACCGCCUCAGACUCUUUUUUAAAAAAGUCAGGGUGAUGGUGGCAGCGACCUAGAGACGCUUGUCUAACCCCACCCCCCACCACUCCCCACCCCCCUCACCCCAACCACCCUCCAUAUUGACAAGUAAGGCAGAAAACAGUCUCAUUGAGUUCGGAGAGUUACGGGUACUUCUUGCAUUAUUCGGUUGAACUACGGAUAUCUAUCUGAGUUGUUGUGUCUAUAUAAAGAUACGUACACGCAUCUGCUGGCUUCGUGGAAGGCUGCUCCUAGCUCGGCAGGUUUCUUGGCUACCUUUGGCGGUAGACAUUUUUUUCGUCGCUUCAAAUGAGAAACUUCUGACUCUGCUUCGUGGGCCCUCGGAUACAGCGAGGGAUGAUAUCGUGAAAUCAGGAAGAGAGGUGGGGAAAUGAAACAUUUUAUAAUCAACGCUGUGACUUUCUUGUGCUCUGAUGAUGGUGGAGAGGAGGGAAGGUGAAGGUCAGCCUAAUUGAUCGCGAGGCAAGGCACACAUUGUGUGUGGACGUCAUUUUGUGUUGUGGUGGUGUAGGAGGUAGUGUGUUCACCUGGAGAUAUUAUUCUAACCCUGGAGGCUUGGAGGACCUAUGGGAGCAUUAUACGGGUACUUUACUUUGAAGAAGGAAGGUGGGGACGAUUUUUCUGAUCGGAAAUUAUUAUGUGAUGCGGGCUACUUCGGUCAGUAUUAAGAUGGAAUGUAGGGGGGGAAAGUUUUUUUGUUUUUAAUUUUGUGAUGAUUCAGUUUUUCACCCCCUCCUCCUCCUCCUCCUCCUCCUCCUCCUCCUACAAGGAACCACCAGGUCACGAUGGCGUCAUGUGACUAUGGAGGUGGACACUGAUGGGAAGACACACACAUACACACACACACACACACUCACACACACACACACAAGGAGCGAGUCAUUUGUUGGUUGUUUUUUUUUCUCCAGUUUUAUUUUGUUUUUGUAUCUUGUAUCACAAUUACGGGUGUGGACUGGAGUCUCGGCGAAGACUCUCGUGUAAUUAUAAACUCGUGACUUUCUCCUUCUCCCCAACCUCCUCAACCUCCUCCCGAUCCUUCUGGUGUGCUGCCUCCUCCUCCUCCUCCUCUCAAAGACAUGGAGAUUGUGGAUACUACUUCUACCUCCGGCUUCAGCCGACAGACCGACAGACAGCCUCCCAACCCCCCCUCCAACUGUGAGCGAGGCACGAGGCGUAAAACACACACGACACACGACACAUGUGUGUUGUCACCCACCCACUCACCCAGGGAUUCUAGAUUCUGUGACAACAACAUCAUCAUCAGAGCGACGUAUUCUCUCCCCGUGCUGCGCACCGCUCCGCCCAGCCACACCCCGCCACGCCCCGCCACACCCCAGCCGCACCCCCGCAGGGCCCCCACCUGAAUUCUGACCCGUGGACAACCCGGUACACAGACGGGGAGUGUGGGCGUGCGGUCAGCUUGGAGGUGGGAGGGAGGGAGACAGGGAUGGAGGGAAUGGACGAACGAUGGUCGGUGACCAAGGCAGUCUCCUCUCCUGCCUCUACCCAGCUGAAACUACAUACAUACAGAUGAUGCAGCUUGAUGGGCUUGUUAUAUUUACCAUCCAUAAGUUGGUUUUCAUUUUGUUUCAUUAUCUGGUUGUUUUUGUUUUGUUUUGUUUUGUUUUUGUUUUGUUUUUUGGUAUAAAUUUAUGAAGUUACGAUACUGUAUUUGGAUUUCUUGCCAGUAAUGUAACUACUGAUUCAUGUAUUGAUAUGAUCACAUUUUAUCUCUCUCUCUCUCUCUCUCAUAUGCUCUCUCAUAUGAUCUCUCUUUCUCUCUCUUUC